AUGGCGGAAGAGGUUUUGAUUGAUCCAAAUGGGAAAGCCAAAGGGCAUCUCACCACAUCCCUGUUAGCUGUGGCUUUCCUCUCUUCCUUUGGAAGCUCCAUGCUCUAUGGCUAUAACCUGGCUGUAGUCAAUUCUCCUGCAGAGUACAUAAAGGACUUUUAUAACAGGACCGUAGUGAGUCGUAAUGGGACAGGCCUGGAUGAGGAGAGCCUUACUCUGCUGUACUCUGUUACCGUCUCCAUAUUUGCCAUCGGAGGCCUGGUUGGCUCUCUCAUGGUGGGAGUACUGGUCACCAAACUGGGAAGGAAAGGGACUUUGGUGAACAGCACCGGGUUGGUUUUUGUGGCCGGAGCUCUCAUGGGUUUCAGCAGACUGUGUGCCUCUCCAGAGAUGAUCAUCCUUGGACGCUUUAUCACAGGAGUCCACUCAGGAAUUUCUCUCAGUGUCGUGCCCAUGUACCUGGGGGAGAUUUCACCAAAGAACCUGCGUGGCUUCCUGGGGCUUAUGCCCAGCAUCUUCAUCUGUGUCGGAGUCUUCAUCGCUCAGAUACUGGGCCUCCACGAGGUCCUGGGGAAGGAGGAGCAUUGGCCUCUGUUCCUCUCACUCGUCGUGGUGCCCACUUUCAUCCAGCUUAUGUUGUUGCCAUGGUUUCCAGAGAGUCCACGAUACUUGUUAAUAGAAAAAAGAAAUAUCCACGCCACCAUCAAAGCUCUAAAGUGGUACAGGGCAAAGUGUAACAUUCAGCUGGAGGUGGAGGAGAUGCAGGAGGAGCAGCGUUUUCUCUCCUCAGUACCGACACUGUCAGUGCUGCAGUUAUUCAGAGAUCCCUCCGUCCGCUGGCAGCUCCUCACCGUCAUGGUGGUUAACGCCGGCAUGCAGCUCUCUGGGAUUGACGCUAUCUGGUUCUACACCAAUGCCAUCUUUGAGAACGCUGGCAUCCCUGGCCCUCAGAUCCAAUACACAACUGUUGGGACCGGCGCCAUCGAGGUUAUCGCAGGACUCGUAGGAUGUUUCAUCAUUGAACGGGUGGGCAGGAGACCUCUGAUGAUCGGUGGCUUUAGUUUUAUGGGUGUUUGCUGUGCUGGAAUCACUCUCUCCCUCAUACUACAGGCUCAUGUGUCUUUUAUGCGCUACAUAAGCGUGGGCUGUGUGGUGGGGAUCAUCGCAGGAUUUUGCAUAGGACCCGCUGGAGUCCCGUUCCUCAUGACCGGGGAGCUGUUCACGCAGUCACACCGGCCCGCCGCCUACAUCGUGGGAGGAUCACUUAACUGGAUGUCCAACUUCACAGUGGGUUUCGUCUUCCCUUUCCUACAGAUGUCCGCGGGGGCCUUCUGUUACCUGGUGUUCUGCGGGAUCUGUGUCGGGGUGGCCACGUACGUCUACUUCAUCAUCCCCGAAACCAAAAACAAAACCUUUAUGGAGAUCAGUCAGAUGUUUUCCUCCAAGAACAACUCCAACUCAGAGUUUCAGCCUCUUAGCGCCGUGGACCAACUCAGCCUCAAAAAAAUGAACGGCUAUGGAGCGCUGGGAGAGAACGGAGAGAUCAAGGCGGAGAAGUAG